CCCCUCCAAUUCUUUAUCUCUCCUUUUUUCCAAUCUUCCAGUACAACAUCACACCACCAAAAUCAAUUCAAACCCGAUGGAGGGGAGGAAGGGAAGUGGCUAUGACGGCAAGGAGUAACGACGAGAGAGAAGGAAGGGAAGCGGUACGCCGCCGUCGUGUUCACUCCGCAAGCCGCCUUCGGAUCUGCUCUGCCCACUCCACAAGCCGCCGUUGAGCACGUCGCCGCCAAGAUGUCAACACCAGAAUUGUCGGCGGUAGAUCUCCUUUCCUCUCCUCCCCUGGCCGAGGGCAACCUGCUUCAGAUCGGCUCCAGUUGCAACGCAGCUCAAGGAUUGGGAUAUCUUGACUCGGAUUCUCUUCUCUAGGCGGCAACGGCGAGAGAUGAUAGAUGAGAGAGAUGGUCUUUGUUGGUUGUCUGCAGAGAGAGGUGAGAGGGGUCAUGGGCUAGGGUUGUGUGAUUCAUUAUUUGGAUUUUGGGCUCAGGAAGGUAAGUCUUUUGGGCUUGUUGGGCGACUGGGCUAUGAUGAUUAUUGGGCUGGGCAGCAUGUUUCGGUUUGUCGGUUCGAAAUUCGGAACCUCGGUUCGGUCAAAAGAACCCUGGUUUCCGAAUUUGGCACAUUCUCCUUCCGAAUUCCGAAC